AUGGGGACCAUCUGGAUCCUGGAUCUGAUUGAUCAUAGCUCAGGGAUGGUUAUAAACCUGACAGACCUGAAAGAGUACAUGCAGGAGACAAUCAUGGAGCUGCUUGACCACAAGAAACUGGAUCAGGAUGUGGCUUAUUUUGCUGAUGUUGUGAGUACAACUGAGAACGUGACAGUGUACACCUGGGAAAACCUCCAGAAGCAUCUGCCCGCGGGGGCUCUUUAUAAGGUCAAGGUGUAUGAAUCCAAGCAGAACGUCAUUGUGUACAAUGAAGAAGAGACAGCUCCACUGGCCUCAAUGUGUGACCGGAGCGCACACUACGUAAUCAGGGACUAG